GGCUGUGCCCAGGCAGCGGUGUGACGGUUUGCUGUGAUGGAGUCCUCAGUGUUGCUGCCUCUCCUCGUCCUCGGUUUCAUCCAUCAAGUCCAGACCGGGCAGUUACAGGUGGCUUGUUCCCGGAUUCCGAUAAUGGCACAAGUCAGCUCCCACGUGGUGCUGGAAUGCCAGGUGAUCCCGACCAUGGACCUUCGGGACAAGGAGAUCCGCUGGACCAAGGACCAGACCCUCGUGCACCUCUACCGCUUCAGACAGGAUGAGAACGACCAGCAGGAUCCCAGGUUUAAGGGCCGCACCCAGCUCUUCAAAGACCAGUUCCAAGUGGGCAACGUCUCGCUGAAGCUGCACGGUGUCGAGCUGUCGGACGUCGGCAGCUACAACUGCUUCGUCGAGGUGGCGCCCGACAACAACCACGAUUCCAGUGUCCAGCUGGAGGUGACCAGUGAGUAA